AUGUAUUCUUUUCUUCUUGUUUUCUUCGGCACUUACGUCGCUGUCCAAGUCACGACUUUCAGCGAGUGCGUGCCCUUUCAUUUGUACUGGCAGGUCGUUCCCAAUCCUGGAUCCUGCUCCAAGGCCCAACUGCAACUCAUCGUCGUCGGAGUUCUCAACAUCGUCACCGACGUGAUGCUUCUCGCCGUCCCGGUCCCGCUAUUCUUCUCGCUCAAGACAUCCUGGAGGCGCAAACUCAAGCUUUAUGUACUAUUCACCCUCGGCAUCUUCAUCGUCGCCAUCACCGUCAUCCGAUUGCCGAUCAACGCCAUGAACAAAGACAGCCAGGUCAAUCGCACAACGUGGGCUAGCACCGAGCUUCUCACCGCGACAAUCGUCGUCAAUGCACCGACGUUGUAUGGAUUCUGGAAUAAGAAGAAGCAGGGCACUGGAUAUGUCUACUCGCAUUCGCAAUCCAACGGAACUGGGAUGAGGACUAGGAAAAAUACGAGAGUAACUGAUACACUCGGAGACGAUCCUACGACAGAAACAUUCGCUCUCGGUACUGUGCAUCACAGUCGUCAGCCUUCGGAAGGUAUUCUACGAACUCAAGAGAUUACUGUCACGGAAUACAUCGACUCUCGGAAGAAUUCAAAGGGCACGGGUUCACGGACGGACGAGACAGAGGUUGCGUCGAAUUCUAGUCAACUGAGCAUUCUACGGGAUCAAAAAUAA